GCCUCCCGACCAGUUCAUAUGGAUAAUAUACAAACGUUGCUCUCCUAUUCAUGGUCUAUUCGUUCACUCUAGCCUGCAGCUAGAGUCUUUGACGAGGAGUGCUUGGAUCCGCCUCGUCCGCGUUCUGAAUUCAAUCGCGAUCGUAGAGGGGCUCGGCAAUCACCUCUUUCCACAAGCCGUCGGAAGCGGUGAAGUUCAUUUCAUUCUUACAGACGACUCUAAUGUCGCACAAGCAGGACGAGUCAGGCCCAAACUCUCUGGGGCUUGAUCUUCAAAGCCUGAGCAUCGAUGACCAAAAGGACAAGCUUCCAGAGACAGAGCUAAAGCAAGAAACAAAAUCCUCUUCCGAUGCAGGUGUGAAGGAAGAUGUUCCCCCUGCCGAUCAAGCAGCUGGUGAGGCGUCGCCAGAAGAGAAGACAGACCAGGUUGAGCCUAGGAGUCCUGCAGGAAAGGAGAAGAAGAAGCCAUACGUGAACCCGGAUCGGGUGAAGACCGGUGGUGCUCAGCGAGAUAAACUCACAGAUGAGGAAUUGACCGAACGCAUGGCACGUAUUAGAGAACAGAAUGAACGGAUAAAACAACGUAGAGAGGACGUCAAGAAGGAUGAAGAUGAAUUCAAGAAAAUGCAGGAGGCAGAACGGCAGAAGGCUGCGAAGACCAAGAAGGUUCAGGAGCAUAUAAAUCGCACGCGGGAGCAGAAUGCUCGUCGGAAGUUGGACAAGAUCCAAAAUAGAGAAUGGGAUGCAGGGAAACCAGGUGGCAGUUGGAAAGACUCGAAAUCGUCUACGGAGAAUGGCGAAGCGGAUGCGAACAGACCCCCUGCCGCCAAGAUUGGAAUUCGAGGUGUCGUUCGUGGCGGAGGUGCAGGAAGGGGGCGCGGACGCGGCGCACCUCCAGAAAGAAACACAGCUCCUGCUGAGAAUACCGAAACUGCAGCUGGUCCAACAAGUCCUCCUGCAGCCACGGCAGAGAGCUGAUCGUCACUAUGCUUGUUUGAAUUUACCCGUUCGUCCUGCUUUGUUUGAACCGUGCUAUCAAUCUUCCCAUAUGUACUUGUUCCUUAUACGUACGACACAGACUAUUACUUUGAAUCUUGCCAAUCACUCUAAUCUACUACAGACUGCUGUC